UCAAGAUCGUUCUCGAGUACAGGCCGCGGCGCAGUCCGCCAGCGCAAACGGGCGACUGCCGCUCAAACCAUCCAUUCAGACAGCUGCUCACAAUCAUUAAUAUCCGUAAGGCCACCUUCGGCUGGCCAUUUUCUAUGACUUCUCGCGUUAAUAAGCCGAUCAACCUGCUAUCGGUUUGUCGCAUCUUACUGGUGCUGGCUUGCAGGGCGACGUGCGCGGACUUGCAUUUCGAUGGCACGUCCGGGAGUCAAACCUCGUUUUCCGAGGAGAGCACCUUCCUAAUCCAGAUCCACGGGUUUUCAAACAAUACGCCUGGUUUGACGAGUUCGACGGGCGGCAACUCCACGACAGCCACCACGAAGGCUCGUGCGCCAACUGGCGGGACCACAUCGCCUGGCGUGCCCAAAUACACCCUGCCCCGCGGUAAGGGCGAGGACGCCAAGGCGGCCCGCCAGUGGUUGCUCGUGCUGGCGGACGACGCCACCGACGGCGAGCUGGCGAACAUCAGCAGGGAGUUCGCCGACGGGCAGCAAACCAAGCCGAGCAGCGGCCAGAUGCCGCUCGUGGCGGGGAGCCUGACGGAAGAGGCGCUCGACGCGAUGCUCGAGAGGUACUUUGGGCGCGUGCGGUUUGUCGAAGAGGACGAGUACCAGUUGAAGGUUACAGACAGCCUGGCCAAUACAGGGACGUCCAGUGCGGGGCCAGCGCGGAAGGCCAAAACUCCGACCUACCCAUGGGGCAUCCAGUACGUGGAGGCGGACGCGUGCCGGGGAAAGGGCGCUGGGGUGCACGUUUAUGUGUUGGACACUGGCAUUCGCAUCACCCACAACGAGUUCGGCGGCCGAGCCUUCGCCGGAGUAGAUGUUGCCGCCUCGGGGACGUAUCCGGGGACGCUCACGGUGUGCUCUCCUCUCAGCACAACGUGCGCUGCAGACUUCCAUGGCCACGGCAGCCACUGCGCGGGUACGGCGGGGGCCUCGACGUAUGGUGUCGCGGAUGGUGCGACCCUCUGGGCAAUGAAGGUUCUCGAUAACUCUGGCUCUGGCUGGACCUCGUGGUCCAUUCUAGCCGAGCAGUGGAUCCUGUCGUCUGGGAACAGGCCUGCAGUGGUCAGCAUCAGUAUCCAGGCCAACUACAACAGCUACGCGGAGGAGACCUCGAUCGACAAUUUGGUAGCCGAUGGCGUAACCGUGGUGGUGGCUGCAGGGAAUUACAAUCAAGACGCUUGCCUCUGGAAUCCAGCUUGGAUCUCGUCCGCGAUUACAGUAGCAGCGUUUGGUGGGACUUCGGGGAACUCAUGGGACAGGUCUGGUUACAGCAAUUGGGGAUCUUGCAUCGACGCCUAUGCUCCUGGCACGAACAUCCUCUCGACGGGCCCAUGGAGCGACACCCACACUUACUCCAGCACGGGCACCUCCAUGGCUUGCCCACACAUCUCUGGGCUCGCGGCCAGGAUGUACGAGGCGUAUCCAACGGCGGGAUCCAUGACCGCUGCGGCCAGGUGGACCCUCCUGACGGCCACUAGCUGCACAGGGUGUGUCACCAAUGACGCGACACCCUCACCAACUGUCAACCUGGUGAUCAAAGCUCUCAGCUGCAGCACGUCAAACAUCACUGCCUCACCGACAGCCUCGCCAACGGGCUCACCUACGGCCUUGCCGACAGCAUCGCCAACAGCGACGCCUACGUUGUUGCCCACAGUUUCUCCCACACCCUCGCCCACGGUCUCGCCCACAGCCUCGCCAUCGGCCACGCCCACAGCCUCGCCUACAGCCUCGCCCACAGUCUCGCCAACGGGCUCGCCCACAGCACCGCCCACGUCGCCCACACCGGCGCCGUCAUGGAGCCAAGUGGUGAAUAAUUGCACAGUCUGCCCAGACAUCCAGAUCUUUUCCGACUGCCCAGGUCACAGCCCAGACAGUUGCGCCAGCGCAGGAACAACAUCUCCUGGCUGCGAGUGGUGCCCCCUGGUGAACGAGUGUCGCGUGAAGUGCACGUGCCACGACGAUGCCCCCCCCGCAUAUUCGUUGUUUGAUUCGUGCGCUUAUUCAGGGGGGGUGCCGACGCAGCAAGUUUUGUUCUGGCCCAUUUUCCUUUCCCCGUCCUACACAAGCUAUGCUCCGGAGUGCGAGUGUCCGUCAUGGAGGACGCCCGCCCCGACAGUUGACACAACGGACCCCACGCCAUCGCCCACGCAGGAGGGAGACCCGUCGCCCGCCCCGACGAAGCAGGGCCAGGACCCGACGCCCGCCCCGACGAGGCGGCCCACGCCGUCCCCGACAGAGCAGACGAAUGAGCCCACGCCCUCGCCCACGCCCGAGGGCCAGGACCCGACGCCUGCUCCGACGAAGCAGGGCCAGGACCCGACGCCCGCCCCGACGAGGCGGCCCACGCCGUCCCCGACCCACAGUUGCGGUGACGCCUGCUGCGUGGGCAUCGAUCCGAACGAUCCCGAAUGUUGCGACGUCUGGCACCUUGGUUCAGUGACCAACCCAUCAGAUUGCGAGGCGUACCACGGCGGAGAUAUGUGCGUCUGGACCUGCUCCUCCGAGCAUCCGACGCCUGCUCCGACGCAAGACGGCCAGGACCCGACGCCUGCUCCGACGAAGCAGGGCCAGGACCCGACGCCCGCCCCGACUCCCAGCUGCGAGGACGCUUGCUGCGUGGGCGUCGAUCCCACCGACCCCAAGUGCUGCCACCUCUGGAACGCUGGCGUGCUGUCCUCCCCCGCAGACUGCGAGGCGUACAACGGCGGAGAUUUCUGCGUCUGGACCUGCCCCACCGAGCAUCCGACGCCUGCUCCAACGCAUCACGGCUUUGAUCCGACGCCGUCCCCGACAGAGCCGACGAAGGAGCCCACGCCAUCGCCCACGCCAGAGGGCCAGAACCCGACGCCUGCUCCGACGAAUAAUUGCACAGUCUGCCCAGACAUCCAGAUCUUCUCCGACUGCCCAGGUCACAGCCCAGACAGCUGCGCCAGCGCAGGAACAACAUCUCCCGGCUGCGAGUGGUGCCCCCUGGUGAACGAGUGUCGCGUGAAGUGCACGUGCCACGACGAUGCUCCCCCCGCAUAUUCGUUGUUUGAUUCGUGCGCUUAUUCAGGGGGGGUGCCGACGCAGCAAGUGUUGUUCUGGCCCAUUUUCCUUUCCCCGUCCUACACAAGCUAUGCUCCAGAGUGCGUGUGUCCGUCAUGGAGGACGCCCGCCCCGACAGCUGACACAACGGACCCCACGCCUGCUCCGACGAAGCAGGGCCAGGACCCGACGGCCAGGACCCGACGCCUGCUCCGACGAAGCAGGGCCAGGACCCGACGCCCGCCCCGACGAGGUGGCCCACGCCGUCCCCGACAGAGCAGACGAAGGAACCCACGCCCUCGCCCACGCGGCCCACGCCGUCCCCGACAGAGCAGACGAAGGAGCCCACGCCCUCGCCCACGCCGGAGGGCCAGGACCCGACGCCUGCUCCGACGAAGCAGGGCCAGGACCCGACGCCCGCCCCGACGAGGUGGCCCACGCCGUCCCCCGACAGACAGACGAAGGAGCCCACGCCCUCGCCCACGCCGGAGGGCCAGGACCCGACGCCUGCUCCGACGAAGCAGGGCCAGGACCCGACGCCCGCCCCGACGAGGUGGCCCACGCCGUCCCCGACAGAGCAGACGAAGGAACCCACGCCCUCGCCCACGCCGGAGGGCCAGGACCCGACGCCCGCCCCGACGAGGCGGCCCACGCCGUCCCCGACAGAGCAGACGAAGGAGCCCACGCCCUCGCCCACGCCGGAGGGCCAGGACCCGACGCCUGCUCCGACGAAGCAGGGCCAGGACCCGACGCCCGCCCCGACGAGGUGGCCCACGCCGUCCCCGACGCCCAGCUGCGAGGACGCUUGCUGCGUGGGCGUUGAUCCCACCGACCCCAAGUGCUGCCACCUCUGGAACGCUGGCGCAGUGUCCUCCCCAGCAGAUUGCGAGGCGUACAACGGCGGAGAUUUCUGCGUCUGGACCUGCCCCACCGAGCACCCGACGCCUGCUCCGACGCAUCACGGCUUUGAUCCGACGCCGUCCCCGACAGAGCAGACGAAGGCACCGACCCGGGCUCCAACGCGCUUCCCUACGCCCUACCCUACGCCCUCGCCGACAAUCGGGUUGGCCCCAACGCCCAAAUUACCUUGGGAGCCCGUCGCCACGCCCAAUCCUACGCCCAUUCCGACGCCCUCGCCGACUAUCGGGUUGGCCCCAACGCCCAAAUUACCUUGGGAGCCCGUCGCCACGCCCACUCCUACGCCCAUUCCGACGCCCUCGCCGACAUUUGGGUCAGUUCCAGCGCCCAAGGGUAGGCAGGCCAAGGUCGAAGGCAGCUUCCAAGUCAAAGUACCUUCUGCCGAUGUCGAGGCCUUCGUCAGUGACUCCUCGGUCAAGGCGGCCUUCCAACGCUCCGUUGCCGAGAAGGCCGGCGUGGCGGAGGCAGAGGUCGUGGUGACGCUCUCUGUGGUAACGGGCGCUGGCUCCGCAGGUCGUGGUCGAAAGGUACGCUUGGCGCCGAUCAUGCUGGGCUCCGCGGAUCAGGCCGAGAUCCAGGUCGACUAUUCCAUCAGCGUGGAGGAGGGGGCGGAGGGCAACUCCGUGCAGGGAGCGCUGGCUACCGUGACCGCGGAGCAGUUCACGUCACCCGUCGCAGGAGCUUCCAGCUUCGCGGUGCAGGCCGUCCCGGCCUCGGCCACGGCCCCCACGGUCAGCUUCCAGGUCUCCGCGACGGGGGACCCGCACCUGGUCAACGUGUAUGGGCAGCGGUUCGAUCUCAUGCAGCCUGGCAACCACACGAUGCUCUUGAUUCCGAGGGGAGCUCCUCCGAGUGCGACGCUGCUCGGCGUGGUGGCGCGCGCCGAGCACAUUGGCAAAGCCUGUUCGGAAAUGUACAUCGUGGCCCUGACCGUCACCGGCCAGUGGGUCGCGGGAGUCCCCGGUGCGCAGCGCCUGGGCGAGGCCUGGAACAUGCAGUACUUCGCUAACAAGCCUGCCCAGCGGGGCAGCAGCGGCGCUGGCUGGAAUACCUACGGCAACAUCCGCAUGAAGGUCAAUUGGGGUCAUACCGUUGGGGGGGUGAAGUACAUCAACCUCCUCGUGCGCAACCUGGCCCACUCCGGGUAUACUGUCGGAGGCCUGCUCGGCGAAGGCGACCACACGUUUGCGUCGACCCCGAUGGCGCAUUGCCGGCGGUUCUCGUCACUAUGAGCCGCGAUCCAGUGGUCGUGGCGAGAGGGGGAUAACAAGAUUUUGUCGCUAGCGGCGAGGUGGGUGGCUGCAGGAGGAGGAGGAGGAGGAGGAUGCUGAGGCGGCAGCAGGAGCAGGACAUCAAGCCACCCACCGACCUUCAGCCUAUUGCCGACCUGGCGGGCUCCAGCUAUUCCUUCGUAGAGUCCGCAGAGACAGCCACCGCAGUCAGCGCUUUUUCUGAGGCGGGCUCUCUCCGCGGGCCAGCUGGGUGCUGCGCGUGUGCGAGGCGCGGAGGCGUGCAGCGCACCCGUUGCAUACAUAUCACAUGUAUUUGAACAUACUCCGAUACCUGGCGAGAUCCCGACCUGGCGAGACCGCGGGGGCGUGCUUCUGUGACCAACCGCCUUCUCCCGCCUUUCCUGUACGUCCUCGCUGCCCUCUUGUCCCCGAAGCAGGCACGUGCGAAGUGAGGGAGAUGAAGAAACGAGAUGGACACCGUCAUUCUCCUCCUAUUUAAGUGAUUGCGAGCACCCUGCUGGUAUAGCAGCUGCUCGCCGACGCCUGAUUGUUGGGAUGAGAUCCCAGUAGCUUCAAACUCCUGGGAUUACUUUCGUUAUUGCUUCUGGGUGCGCUUGUCGCAGCGGCUUUCUGGCGUUCUGCAAAGCAACCUCGGCGAAUCAUCGUCGCCGACAUUUAAUCAGCCUCUGCCCUUCUAUGCAGUUUGAGAUUACUGUUUUUCAUAAAGGUGGGAGGCGCGGGAGGACGGGGCGGGAGAUGAGGACGACGAUCUUCGGCGCAGGAGAGGCGCGGUGAUGUCCAGGAGUAGGGCAAGGAAGAAUUGCGUCGUGCAAGUGCACGCUCUUCUUGGACAUGUGUAAGGCUAGACUAGAUCUGCUGUGCUCCAAUCUUCUCUAGGGUCUUAACGCGCUGCCCCCUGUGACAGCGUAGUUGCAUGCAUGCAAGGGGCUCAACCUCUGCACGCCUGCUUGAACAAAGCAAGGAGCUCCCAAGAGGCCCCCCCAGGACGCCCC